AUGGCGGCCGGCCCCGAUCCCGAUCCCGCUGUCGCUCGGCCCGGCCACGCUCGGUUCGGUCCCGUCCGAUCCCCCGGUUCCGCCCGGUCCCCGCAGGAACCACGUGGGCGCCGCGCUUCCGCCCGCCCGCGCGGUGGCCCCGCCCCGCCGCCCGCCCAGGCCAAUAGAGACCGGGAGAAAGGUGUCUCCGGUGUCCCCCCGGGCCCCCACGGUGCGGGCCCCACUAGUCACCCCGUGGGCUCCUUUGAGGUCGUCGCCGCUGUCCGGAUGGGAGUGUCGGCGUGUCCCCCUCUCCCCAGCCGCGCCCCUGUGUCCGGCCUGACCCCACGCGUGCCCCGCGGGUGGGCGGUGAGUGAAGGCGGCACCUGCCCCCGGCCGGACGCCCCCACCUCGGACACCCCCACUUCGAAAACUCCUACCCCGGGCACUCCCACCCCCAGCACCCCCUCCCCGGACCCCUCGACCCCUGGCACCCCCACCCGCAGUAGUCCCGCCCCCGACACCCCCCCUGAUCCCCCCGCGAAGCCGGCGGGCAGCGGGGAGGUGACAGCCCCGCAGGGUGUGGGGGAACCCCGGGAAGUGGAGGGCGAUGGGGGAGACACGGGGGGUGACGAGGCCGACACGGGGGGCUCAAAGGGGUGCGCGAGGGGAGAGGCUGCCGGGGAUGGCGGGGCAGAAGCACCCAGGGGUGCCAGGGGCGAUGCCAGGGAGACCGGAGAUGGCGAGGGCGAUGCCGGGGCAGGGACAGCCGGGGACACCGGGGUGGUCACCGAGGGGGGUGCCAGGGGCGAACCGGGGCCGGCAGCAGCGGGUAGCACCCGGGGCCGGCAGGAGCCCACUUGGCAUCAGGACGAGGACGAGGAGCUGUGGCCUGAGUUUCCCCCGUGCUCGUCCCCAGAGGGGGCCCCCAGCCCCACGACCCCCACAUCCCCUGUGUCCCCCACAUCUCCUGUGUCCCCCUCAUCCCCCAUGUCCCCAGCAUCCCCCACGUCCCCCACAGCUGGCACCACCGAUGGCACAGAGGGCAGCAAGAGGGGUGCUCCAGUGGGGGGGCCGCGGGGCCAGGCACCCCCUGCUUCGGCGGGGCAGAGACCGCGGCUGGAGGGGCGGUCACGUGUGGGGUCCCGGGCCUAUGGACGCAGUGCCAUCCUGGAAAAGUUUGGAGGCGCCGCCACGGGGCCCACCCCGCACCUGCGGCGGUCGGGCGGGGCCGCCACGGUCAAGACGAUGCUGCUGGAGUGGUGCCGCGCCCGCACCCGCGGGUACCCGAACGUGGACGUGCAGAACUUCUCCGGGAGCUGGGGCAGCGGCCUGGCCUUCUGCGCGCUCCUGCACAGCUUCUUCCCCGACGCCUUUGACUUCGGUGCCCUCGAGCCCGACGCCCGCCGGCACAACUUCGCCCUGGCCUUCGCCACCGCCGAGGAGCGGGCGGGCUGUGCCCCGCUGCUGGAGGUGGAGGACAUGGUGCGGCUGCCGGUGCCCGACGCCAAGUGUGUGUACACGUACGUGCAGGAGCUGUACCGCUGCCUGGUGGCCAAGGGGCUCGUGAAGACCAAAAAGCGCUGAGAGGGUCCCCCGCACCCGUGCCACCCCCAACCUUAUCCUCUGCCUUGUCCCCCAGCACUAAAGGCCACGGUGCCAGGCA